CAUGUGGGUCGUGGGGCAACUAUCAUUAAUCAAAUCAAACUUUGUUAUUGCGUUGCAGUUGUAGCCUUGUAGGUUUGGUAUUUGUUAUGAAAAUUAAAUAAGUUCUGUUUCGUUGAUCGCUCGGGUCUAUAUUCUUGUCAGUUAUUCGUGGUACGAGAAAGAGAUGCGUGUUUCUUAAUUAUUUGAAAUAAUACUGAAAACAAUAAAUUAAGUAUUCGUUUUUGUUUGAAACAUGCUCCUACGAGCUACGACUUGAUAUUAUCAUUCUUCAUAAACUUUGUACAACUCCCAAAGUGAUUGUGUCAUUAUACAUUGAUAAGUUUAUCAAUAAUGGUUAUGAACCGGUAACCGGUUUAUAAUCAUUUACGUAGAUUAGCAAUGGCUUUUUCUUUUAACAAGUUUAAAAGUUUCUUAAAUACUAAUAAAGAUAAUCAGCUUGCUGGAAGUGGCAGUGCGGAUCCAGAAAUAGGAUUUAAAUUAUCUUUGCAUCCUUCGAGUAAAAAUUUGUUUGUGACAGUUAUCGGUGCUCGGAAUCUUCCUUCCUUGUUUGGACUUAGUCGCGCCCACGGAUAUCUCGUAAAGGUAAAAAUAUUCCCGGGAGAAAACAAAUACGAAACAGCGCUCCAACAAAGCUCAUGGCCGAUCUGGAACGAAGAUUUUAAAUUUCAACUCAAACCCAAAGAUGCAAAGAAACCAAAUGAAAAGGUUGAUCUUCAAAGCCAAUUGGCUGGUCAUUUUCUAUCGUUGACGAUAUACGCAGUAUUAGAGGCACCCAAACUGGAGACAGAUAAAAAGAAGGGCGCUAAAACAUUAGACAGCAAGGCAACAAUGAAACUAAUGAAUGACGAAGAAACAAAAACAAAAUCCAGCUUAUUAGAGAAGAUUAGCAGUUUUAAAUCAACGAAGUCGGAUGUGUCGCAGAAAACAAUAGAGAAACGGAGGACUCUGGGGGCGGCGACUUGGAAUUUUGAUUCGAAGUUGUUUCAAAACGAUCUUAAGAAUGGGUUAAUAGGCACUCCGGAUAUUUGGAGACCCAUAAAUGCGAUCGCAAGUGGACUUAACUCAACUGAAAAUAGACGUGAGAACAAGAAGGGCCAGCUGGAAGUGACGUUGCUGUACUGCAGCAGCGAGGAUGGCUUCAACGACACCGUCCAGCUGACCGUGAACCGGCUCCGAUGUAGCGUCCACACCAUGCACGAACAAGAACAAUACAAAGCGCCGCUGUAUCUAAAAGCGACGAUACUGGAAGCAAGCAAAGCGGAGUGCUACUGGAAAAGCGAAAGAUUUAUGCCGACAAUAUCUGCAAGGUGGGACCCGAAGUCAGCCACCGUCAAACUGGUUGUAUUCAAAGCAAAUCUCAACAAAGUCAGUAUCUACAUCAGCCUUGGAUGUAAAAACAAGAUGGCGAAGAAAGAAAUACUCGGCAAAGCGACGAUUGAGGAGAAAUCGGCGUAUUCAGACUCUUGGAAGGAGUGUUUGAGACAGCCGGGGAUACCGAAGACGUUUUGGGUUAAUUUUGAAUGAGACUAACUUGUGAUGGUGGUGCAGUUGUGGUGAACAUUUGUAACAUGUUAAACAUUUUAAGGUGCGUACAGACUGGUUAAACGUAACGUGUAAUGUAUAAAUCUACCUUUCAUUGCAUGUUCGCUGCAAGCAUGGCCGCAUAGCGCGCUAGUCAAGGAAUAGCUGAAUGUUUACUUAAUAAAAAAUAACAUUAUUCAAUAAACCCGAUUUACAAUGUUUCCGGAGCUAAGACUAAACAAAGAAUACUUAGUUUUACUGAAACUUACUUUAUAUAGCUUAUUCUAACAAAUAGAGUCAUAUUACUUGUUUCACAGAAAGUAAAUUGGUACAUCAGCAAUAUUGUUUCCAGAAGGUUCUACACGAGUAAAGAAAAUGUACGUACGACUUGUUGCUAUGCUCUACUUUGGCUGAUAAAGCAUAAAUCUAUAGGGUGAGCACCC